AUGAGAUACCAGGCUAGUGUGUUGGCGUGGCUCUGCUUGGCUUUCGGUUUGGUAGCGGCCGGUUUUGGGCCUCGAGCGAGUUUCGGCGAUAUGGGCGAAGCUGUAGUUUUAGAUGGACUGAGUGGGUACGGUGACACUGGUCGUGAAGGUCGAAUGUUUGUCAUGCAGGAUACUCGGGCUGAUCCACGGUAUGUUAAUGUACUAUUAGUCCCUAACCCUAGUCCUAACCCAGAGCCCUAGCCCAGAGCCCUAGUCCAGAGCCCUAGCCAAGAGCCCUAGCCCAAAGCCCUAGCCCAGAGCCCCAGCUCAGAGCCGUAUCUUCUUUAUAUUUCACAAAAAAUGCCAUUUUUAAAGACAUCAUUUAACAAAAUUUGUUUUUCAGGUGUGUGUUCUGUCGUGGCGGUUCGUUCCGCAAACGUUUCGGCGUUUGA